UGAGUGGAAGGGGCUGAGUCACGUUACUUCCUGGUUUGAAGAGCCAGUGGUUGGAGGAACUGCGUGGCUGAAAAAAGAAACUGACACGUGGAUCAUCAUCAACACUUCAAGAACCAGGAAAAAGCAGAAAUUCCUGCCGCUGCGUUAUAGCAGCUAUGCAAGCCGAAAGUCCGCUCAUUUAUCCCAGUCGCCGGAGCGCAGUGAAUGCGGCAGAGAUGUUAUAAAGAGAUGCUUGCGCGCAGAAACUGGAAUAGAAACAUCUUUUUUUCAUUGCUUUGCUUUUUUGCCUGUCACGCUCGCACAGACUGACCCGAGAGGAUAUCAGAGCGGAUAGUCAAACACGGAUAUAUUUGUCGUUGAAUGGCAAUUCUACAAAAACAUGGAAAGAACUCUUGUCCAGAUUUGGUCAGUAUUAAGGAGAAACCCGCUGAUAAUAUCGGACAAGCUGGAUCACAGAAGAAGUGGGCAGAGUCGAGUCAGAACUGGACAAGGCCAGUAGCGAGGAUAUGGACGGUGGUGCUGUUGCUGGGGACGUGCCUGCUGUACUGUGCCCGUGUGGCAAUGCCUAUCUGUGCAGUGAGCAUGGCAGAGCGCUUCACCUGGACCAAGAGAGAGACGGGCAUGGUGUUGGGCAGCUUCUUUUGGGGCUACUGCUUCACUCAGGUCCUUGGAGGCUACGUCAGUGACAGAGUGGGGGGAGAGAAAGUGAUGCUGUUGUCAGCGGCAGCAUGGGGAGCAAUGACCGCCUUCACGCCAAUCUUAGCCCAUUUCUGCUCCCAGCCCAUCGUCUCCAUGACCAUCUCCCGCUUCCUCAUGGGCCUGCUGCAGGGUGUUCACUACCCGUCUCUGGCCAGUCUGUGCUCUCAGAAGGUUGUGGAGAGCGAGCGAGGCUUCCUCAUGAGCACCGUAGGAAGCGGCUCAUACCUGGGGACUCUGGUGAUAGGAGGCGUAGGCUCUCUGAUGUUGGACUUGUAUGGCUGGGAGAGUGUGUUCUAUGUCUCUGGGCUUCUGUCUGUGUUGUGGGCGUACUGCAUGUGGAAGUACCUGCUCAAAGGUGAAGGUCCCAUCAUCACAUUGGAGUCUCUGGGUAGCGCUGGGACCCAGUCCAAACUGUCCAAGAGAAACUGGCUGCGUCUCUUCAGACAGCCAGCUGUGUGUGCCGUCAUUAUUACACACUUGUGCACCGCUAGCACCUUUUUCACACUGCUGUCAUGGCUGCCAACGUUUUUCAAGGACACCUUUCCUGAUGCCAAGGGUUGGGUGUUUAACGUGAUCCCAUGGUUUGUGGCCAUCCCUUCUUCCCUGUUUAGUGGCUGCCUUUCAGACCAUCUAAUCAGUCAGGGUUUUGAUACUGCGUCAGUGAGAAAACUCAUGCAGUUCUUCUCUAUGGGCGUCUCCAGUGUGUUUACUCUGUUUUUGUGUGGGACCACUACCUUCCCCACAGCUGUGGCUUUCGUGUCCGCUACUAUGGGCCUCACCACAUUCAGCCACAGUGGGGUUUCAGUGAAUGUUCAGGAUCUCGCUCCAUCCUGUGCAGGGUCUCUGUUUGGAGUGAUGAAUACCUGUGGAGCAUUUACAGGGGUCAUCAUGGUGUAUUUCUCGGGGUAUCUGAUCGAGGCCACUGGUUCCUGGGCGUCAGUUUUUGGCCUCAUCACUGUAGUGAACCUGCUGGGUUUAGGGACAUUUUUAAGCUUCGCAGAAGCUCGCAGAGUGGACAUAGAUCUAGCGAAGGGCCGUUACCACAACAUCCACAUCUGAAAGCACAGAUGACGGGAGCAGAGCAGCAGAAAUGACAGGCUCUGACAGAAACCUUUCUGAAGAGGGACCUCCUCUACAGUCACUGGUUUCUACAUUAGACUGUUUUAUUAUCUGUUCAGCUUUUCUUGACUGAAGAGAAGCUGUAAGAGAUACUUAAUGGAUCUGUUAUAGAUCACUAGGAGCCACAGUAUGAAGUGUGUUACUGAAUAUUUUGUUAAGGUCCUUGCGUUCAUUCAUUUCUCUUUUAUCCUGUAGCACUCGUGUUGGUUUAUGGUAGCAGUUGCUUAAAUAUCAUUAUUACUGUUGCCAAAGCAGUUCGAAAACCGUCAAUACACCGUCCAUGUAAUCAGAUGAAAACUAAAUGCUAGACAUUGAGAGUCUGGGUAUUGACAGUGUUUAUUAAAUUAUUUAACUACCAUUUGUUAUGGCUUUGCAUGACAUUUUAAAAUACCUCGUCUCAGCUGUUUUUCACACUCAGAGUGUGAUGGAGAUUUCAGUUUGUUACUGCAGAAUUGGAGUUCGUCCCAGUUUGAAAAGCGUUACUGUCAUUAGAUGAAACAUGUGCCAGGUCAUCUUGCCGUCGGCUGAUCCUUUAAAGCAUUUUCUUUGUCUCGGCUGUCUGCUGUUGAGAAUAGUUUCUGAUCUUUAAAGGAUGUUUUUGUUUCAAACAGCUAGUUUUUGUCUUUGAUUGAUUUAGUCAUUAGAGACCUCUCCGUGGGUCAUUUGCUUGGACCAAGAUGUUGCACAAUGAAAUGAAUGUAUUAUGGUGAUAAGCUUUAUUAUGUGGAGACAAGAUCUUGACAUUAUAUCUAACUGGGAAUUAUUUGACCAAAAAUAUUUCAAUUCAAAUGUACUAUAAAUCAAAAACUAAACCAUAUUUUUGGUUACAAAAUCAUGAAUUGUCAUGUAAAUCUCCCAUUCCCCAGCUGUCAUUGCUUUAGGACUAAAAUAAAAUGUUACUGUUUACUUACUUUAAAGAAGUGAAGGAAAGGCCUAGGAAGGUUUAGCUGUGCUUUAAUGGUUUUUAUUUCAGUGUGCAUUAAAACAGGCAACACAUUUCUGCUGUAGUAGCAGACCUUGUGCUAGGGAAGAUCAUGGCAGAUUUGCAAAGAAACAGGAAAAAAGACUUGAAUUAUUCUAUAACACUGUUCUCUGCAUGGGACUCAAGGAAUUUGUUUUUUUUCCAGUACAUCAGUACACAAAAAUCAUAAGAAAUGUUCACAAAUGUUAAUUGCGUUAUAAAAAAAUGUUAUUUUAUACAUAGAAUAGAUAUCACUGUGUGUAAUAUAUAUACAGUAGACAGUAUUUCAGAAUACUUUUAUAUUUAUUGAUUUAUAUCUGAUUUAGAGGUUAGAUUGAAAAUGCUUAUAUUAUAUGAUAUUUGCUUUCAUUAUACAUAUUGUAUGUUUUGGUUUUUUUUUUUUUUUUUUUUUUCUGGUUUCUUUUCUGUCAUGUGUUCUUGUUUUGAUUGAUGCAGCUUUAUAGAAAUGUCAUCUCGCAUAAAUAUUCUGUUCCAUUCCAUUUAAUGCAGUUUAAUUUGAUCUUUUAAGUGUUAUUGCUCUACAAUUGACUGUUCUGCAUAACUGUUUAUGGUUCUGGGGUUUGUUCUAUCAUCACAGCUGACAAUAACUUGCAUUAGAGUAGCGAUGAAGAAAUUUUCCAUAUUUAUUACGCUUGUGUCAUACCUUAUUAAACUUAAUUCACUUAAGACUGACUAGGAAAUACAAUAGCUGAUCUUUGAAUUAAUGCAGUGUCAUUCCAUCUUGAGUUGAGGAUGAAAGAUAUGUUUCACAGAAAACUCUUCUUAAUUUAAAAUGUCAUAAAAAAUGUAAACAAUGUAAAUGCAGUAUUAUGUAUUUGUAAGCAUAUUUUGCUGAAAUAUAAAAAUAUAUUUUAU